AUGAACACUGAUCACCCACAAGUUCCAGAACAUCAAACGAUGGAAUCCCUUACUCGACUCUUCACAUUCUCUGAAUCCCUCUCGCAGCUAUACCGCAGCUUAUGGACCCAACACACCAACGCCCAGAUUAGCGCUGAGAAUCGCCCUUCGCUGGACUGCCUGCUGGACGACGUCCUCCUGAUCGUGCUCGACCAUCUAGAGCAGUUUGAUGUGGAGAACGCAUUCCAGGCAGGCUUCCUAACCCACAAACUCAGCGAUGUCGUCCGAUUCUCUACUGUCAGCAAACGACUUCGUGGCUUGGCAGAAGCGCGUAUCCUGAGAAGGCUUCAUCUUGGUCCUAGCUGGAGUGCAUCGAAGCUCUCACAAGCACUACGAGCGAUCAGGAGCCCGGACGGUGUACGGUGCUAUACCAAAUCGCUCAAAAUUGAUCUAUGGCUGGAGGGCGCUACAGAUAUGUCUAAGCAUCACUGGAUCCUCAUGAGGGAGCUCCUAGAAACUGUGUCAAGUCUUGAGCAUGUGCGAGUCCUUGAUAUCACGGCCACCGAAUCGAGUGCCCUCGCACUUCAAGCGGUUGUAGAAGACGUCCACGUAAGGCUCGAGGGCAUAACAGAAUUGAUCUUGUCUCCGAAUAUGGACUGGCUUAUCCCCAAAUGUCCGGAUCUCCAGGCACUCAGCACGAAUGACUGGGUUGUGGUGUCCCGCGACAAGAAAUCUCCUACUACACGUCUGAUUGAGGCUGUCGCUAGCAUUGACAAUCUUCAGCACUUUGCACUGCACUCCCCGUGGCACAGCGACACACUACACGAAGUGCUCGCAGCACUACCUAGGAUCCGCAGCAUAGGCAUGCUAUCCGGCAAUUGCACUUCCAACUUGGAUGACCGACUAUCCGUCUUGCGAAAGUUCCAGCACCUCGAAAGGCUGCAGAUGACAGACGCCAGCAAACUCGUCAGAGUACAGACACUGCAGACUUGGACUACGCCUCUCUAUACAGAGACCAUGACUGCCGCACAAGCUCACGUCACUGAGAAAGUCUUUAAAUAUUUACCGCGGCUCAAAGAACUCAUCCUCGGACCCGCCUUUCGAGCUUGGGUCGUUCGCAGACAUGCAGAUGGACGCAUCGAUCUGAAGUGGGAAGCCACAGUUGUUCGACCUUCACUCCAGGAACAACUGGCUCAUAUGCGGGAACGCAUGUCUUGUGGCUUCGAUACUGAACGGGAUGAGGCCAAUGCUGCGGCCCAAGAAGAUGAGCUUGCUGAGCAGAUGUCUCUCGCAGAGACUAUGAAUAGCCGUACAGAUGUACAGACCCUUGCGGAUGUGAUGCAUGAUGAUCUUGAUGAUGAUGAUGAUGCAGAACAGCUUCGACGCUUGCAGGAGGAGAUGGCUAUGUGA